AGUCCUGCCUGAUUUGCAGAUGCAAAGACCUAUCGAGGAUGAAGAUUCUUCUUCUUGCAGCACUGGUUGCAGUCCUGUGCACGAAGCAUGCUUUCUCCCUGACAUGUUUCACAUGCAAAGAUGCAACUUCCAACCUGCAGUGCCUCAGCACAACCACAUGCUCUGAUUAUGAAAAGUACUGCCUCACAUCCUACACUUCCUCUGGGCUUGGUAAUGACCGUAGCCAUCGCAUUACCAAGAAAUGUGCUGCAAUUUGCCCGUCCAUAAAUCUGAAUAUUGGAGUAGCAGGCGUUGCCACCAGCUGCUGCGAGACCUCCCUGUGCAAUAUCAGCGGGGCCAGCAGUGUGAAAACCAGCUACGCUGUGAUAGCUGUGGGUGCCUUGGUCAGUCUUGUCUGUGUCCUCCGGCUGGGGAUGUAAAGGGGUUGGAGUGGGAGAAGAAGCUGCUUGGCCUUGUAUUGCAAG